AUAACCUCACUUAACCAUAAGUACUUCAAGAACCAUCUGGAGGACAGCUUGUCGCUUGGUCGCCCCCUUUUGAUCGAGGAUGUAGGGGAGGAGUUGGACCCUGCACUCGACAACAUCCUUGAAAAAAACUUCUUUAAAACAGGCUCCACUUACAAGGUGAAAGUGGGUGACAAAGAGGUGGAUGUGAUGAAGGGCUUUAGGCUUUACGUGACCACCAAGCUGCCUAACCCUGCCUAUACGCCCGAGAUAAGUGCCCGCACCUCCAUCAUUGACUUUACCGUCACAAUGAGAGGACUUGAGGAUCAGCUGCUGGGCAGAGUUAUCCUCACAGAAAAGCAG